AUUCGUGAAAAUGAAUCUAAUAAUUAGUGACUAAAUUAAUAAUAUUUGAUAUCUAGGAAUGAAGUACUUACUACUAGGGACGGACCUUUUAUAUAUUUAACCAAGCAUUUUUCUUGGUGCGCUCCCUUCUUUCUUCAAUUCUUGACUUUCAGGAUUUUUGAGCAAAGAAUGGAUCUUCCGGGAGCUAUACACUCCAGUUGCACCGGAAACGUACGAGUUAUGGCGUUGAAAAGCUCGAUUCUUAAGAAAUCCAAUGUUUCUAGGUACCUGAAAAACAUGGCCUUAGCCCCUUGUUUACUUCCCGGCUCAUCAUCAAGGUUGGAGAAUUUGGGUCAUUUCCUCAUCAAAUUGCCCAAAGGCGGUAACUUUUCGCCAUCUGGGCUCUCGACAUCGUUUGUGGUCAGGGCUAAGGGGAAGAAAAAAUCAGGGAAUUCUGAUCCGGACUUCUCUUCUUCUGGGAAUGGUGACAAUUCAUUUGCAGAAGAUGAUAGUUCUAUAGAAAGUAAUCGCUUUUCUGAAAGCAACACCAAAAGUAAUGGUGGCCAGAAUACCAACUCUGUUGACUGGAGAGACUUCAGAGCUUCUCUUUAUAUCCAGGAGCAGGCUGCAGUUUCUGUCUCUGACCCCCACAAGUAUGAUGAAACUGCAUUUGGCUUUAAACCUCUACCUCGAAAGUGGGCACACCCAAUUGCAGCUCCUGAGAAUGGUUGCAUCCUUGUUUCAACUGAAAAGCUUGAUAGGGUUCGCAGCUUUGAGAGAACAGUGGUUCUUCUACUGAGAACUGGAACCAACCGUCCUCAAGAAGGUCCCUUUGGACUGGUCAUAAACCGCCCACUCAGAAAAAAGAUUAAACACGUGAAAUCCACCAAUCUUGACCUGGCAACGACCUUUUCUGAGUGCUCCUUGCAUUUUGGUGGGCCCCUUGAUGCAAGUAUGUUUUUGCUAAGAGCAGAAGGAAAGUCCCUUGCUCACGGUUUUCAAGAGGUCAUUCCCGGCAUUUCUUUUGGUUCUCGAAAAAACAUGGAAGAGGCAUCUGCAUUAGUGAAGAAAGGGGAACUGAAACCUCAAGAUUUUAGAUUCUUCUUUGGGUAUGCUGGGUGGCAGCUGGACCAAUUGACUGAAGAGCUUGAAUCGGAUUAUUGGUAUGUUGCUGCAUGCAGUGCAAAUUUGAUUUUUGGGGGAUCUCCAUUGGAGAGUUUGUGGGAAGAAAUCUUGCAGUUGAUGGGAGGCCAUUACUCUGAGGUAAGUCGCAAGCCUAAGAAAGACUUUUGAUUGCUCCAAAUCUCAUGCCUAGUGGCCUUAGACUUGUGCCGUUGCUGAUAAUCAAGUGCUUCGUUUUGAGGCGCAAUGUACAUAAUGUUCAUGUUUCUUUUUUUCUAAAUAAGCCAUUUAUUUAAAAGUUGAGAAUAUCAUUCUCUUUAAUGUUUUUCACAUGUUCUCUGACUAUCACUUGAUGAACCAGAUCUGUAUGACUAAAAUGUGUAUAGAUAGACCUGAUGUUGCUUUGAUGAAAGGUUGCCAAUUGCUGUUCUUACUAGACUGUUGGCUGUGAUCUAGUGAAUAAUUUUUAGGGUAAGGC